AUGUCCCAAGGCCAUACGAUUCCUGUAGAAACGAACAUACAAUUAGCCACGAAUAACGCCGCACCAAAGUCAAAAUGUCUCAGGAUAUCCGGUAUUCCAGAUGGUUGGAGUGUAGAUACUCUCCGUCAGUGCUUGCAGACACUUGAUCCCAACCUCUGCGACGAUGAGUUCAAAAUCUCGCUUUAUCCAGCUUGUCAUGGAUCCGGUCAAGUUGGCAUGUUGAACCUAUCCCACUGCACAGAAUAUUUUAAACGAGUCGUACCUUACAAGCCGUUCUUCGCCUGUGCGCAAGAUCAAGACUUGUCGAUCGAUUGCGACUUCAACGGUUUGACGCCCCUCAACACUCCACCAAAAGAUAUCCUCGCCGACGUCGUUGCUGUCACUGGGCUCGCUGGCCACCCAUACGGAUCCUGGAAGAGUCAUCAAAGUCAUCGAAUGUGGCUCCAAGAUUUCCUACCCAGAGACCUUUCUGGUGUUCGAAUCAUGACGUUUGGAUACGAUAGUCGGAUAGAGGCCAACAAGGGAACGAGCCGCAUGCUGGACUAUGCCCGGUUUUUCGUGGACCAACUGUACAUUGCAAGGUCUUCGAAAUCGGUGUGGUUAAUUAGGAUUCUUCUGAUGAUAUCAUCUCACUUCUACUCCGCAGGCACAAUCUCGUCCUAUUAUAUUUAUUGGCCACUCGCUCGGUGGUAUCUUAAUUAUCCAGGUUUACGAACAGAAGAGCUAGAAGAGAUGGCAAGGGAUUUGAUUCCAGAUUCAGAGGAUACAAUCGAUCUGUUGCGAAAACUGCGUGCUGGUUCCGAAUUUUUGGAAUCGCAAUCAGAAGAUAUCGCAGAGAUUCUAGACAAGAUGAAGUCCUCACAAACUGGGAAAUAUGAAAGAUCUGGAGAAGAGGUUCAAGCAGUCGCCCCAUUUGCGGCUUUCGUGAACUUACGGCACGAAAUUCAAAUUCCAGUUCCGGCGAACCAUACGGAUAUCGUCAAAUUUCUAUCGAAUUCGGACCCCACCUAUAUUUCUUUGGUCACACACCUCAAAGACUGUGUUCCAUCUAGCAGUCCUGAACAUAAGGAACAUAAUGAAGAGAUCCCAGUCGUUAACGAAGUUACAGUGAGACCAAAAAAAAGUGAGCCUACCUCCUUACCAGAUACUGAUACGAUCGUUGCAAUGAGCAACCUCGCAUCCACGCUCCAUGACCGUGGCCAAUUAGAAGAAGCCGAGAAGGUUCAGCGAAAAGUCCUGGAACUUCGGAUCGAGAUUCUAGGACCACAGCAUCCCGAUACGAUUCUCACAAUGGGCGACCUCGCAACCACCAUUUAUGGCCGCGGCCAAUUAGAGGAAGCCGAGAAGAUUCAGCGAAAA